AUGUGCAACCCGCUUGACCAGGAGACGAAAGGAACCAUGACUGUCGAUCGAUUAUUCAUAACAGACCGUUCUAUGAAAUCCUGCUAUCUUGAAAUUGAGGGCAAAAUCUGCCCUGGAUCCCAAAUCGGCUGGGUUACUGCUAUAACGGUUUGCCUUAAAUACGGUGAUUCAUUGAUCGGCAAAUUCGAAGUGCCGGAUAUGCCAAUGAUACUGGAUGAUAAAAAUAACUUCAAAACCGACUGGUACGAGACCAAGAAUCCCGAAAUGAUAAUAAACAACAUGCGAGCAUUCAGUUGUUUCCUUCAAGAUGCUAUGCCUCGGAAAGAUGAGAAUAAUCAAUUCGACCAUCAAACGCCUAUAACCGCUGAUUUAAAUGUCAGCCGAGAUGGCCAUGAUCUCACGAUGUCCAUCGAUCUAAGCUACCUAGCAAGAAUGAAGACAUCUGUAACAAGGCUCAGAAUUGAUGACUCUUUCAUCAGUAUCACCAUUGAAAUAACAAACGAGAGUCCACUUGAAAUCUGCUUUGAAAACUGCACUCUCGUACUUAGUCAAAACCAGCACAUAAUCGGAAAUUUGAGCGGAUAUUUCGAUAUUGUACCGGGUUCGUCGUUCGAGGCCAAGUUUUGUGGAAAAGUCCAACGCAGUGUUUCUGGCAUGGCUACACUCAAAGGAGAUGGUUACAAUAGCUGCGAUUAUGAAGAGUCUUGGAAGCAAUAUGCUAUUAAGCUAUUCGAGGCUGAAGUCAACUUGGACAACUUAAAUGUUGGUGAUGAGGAUGAGGAUGACGUUGUUGAUGAUGAUGACGAGUAA